AUGAUAGGCAGGAAGAUGGCAUCUGCCAGCAGGGUCAUGCAGGUGGUGAAGCCACAUACACCAUUAAUAAGGUUUCCUGACAGAAGAGACGAUCCUAAACCCAGUGUAUCAGAAGCUUUGAGGUCAGCAGGGCUGCCAUUCCAUUCUUCUGCAGUUUCACAGCAUUCUAAGGGAAGUAAGUCACCAGAUCUGCUGAUGUUUCAGGGUCCACCAGACAUGGCAGAAAUAAUAAAAACUUUACCUCAGAAAUACAGAAGGAGGGACCAGAAACUGGUGACUUAA